CGGCGGGUUCGCGGCCGGGGCGUGCGCUGACGGGCCGGGGCCCGGAGGACCAGCAGCACCCUGAAGACGAGCUCGCAGCCCACGACCGGACGAGCGGACGGCGCCGCUCCUGCUGCUGCUGCUGCGGCUGCGGCGGGCUCGGGCGCGCGGCCCGGUGGCACCGAGGACCACCGCGGCACCAGCUGCGCGGCGGGCUCCUCGGAUCCGGGCGCACCACCAGUUUAUGGUGUGCAGUCUUUUAUGGUGAAACAGUGCUGCAGUGAGCAAUGACGUGCUUGUUGGUGGCCUGGCCCUCGUGAUGAUGAAUUUGGAGGUACUUCUCUGAAGAAAUGCCACAUGGUCCAAGAAGAGACAUGUCCUGGUUAUUGCCGCCUUAGGCAACUAGGAGCUGAUGACAGCGUUUCCCCAGGAAUCAGGCGUGGUCUGACCCAGGAACAAGAAGCACAUCCUCACCAAUGACAUCAUGACAGCAAGAGAGCACAGCCCACGCCAUGGCACCAGGGCCCGUGCAAUGCAGCGGGCUUCCACCAUUGAUGUGGCAGCUGACAUGCUGGGCCUCUCCCUGGCAGGAAACAUACAGGACCCAGAUGAGCCCAUUUUAGAAUUCAGCUUAGCUUGUAGUGAGCUGCACACUCCAUCGCUAGAUCGAAAACCAAAUAGUUUUGUAGCAGUGAGUGUCACCACCCCUCCUCAGGCAUUCUGGACGAAGCAUGCACAGACGGAGAUCAUUGAGGGAACCAACAAUCCUAUAUUUCUGAGCAGCAUUGCCUUCUUUCAAGACUCUCUUAUCAAUCAGAUGACACAAAUCAAGCUAUCCGUGUACGAUGUCAAAGAUAGAUCUCAGGGAACAAUGUACCUACUGGGCUCUGGAACAUUCGUUGUCAAAGACCUGCUACAAGACAGGCAUCAUAGGUUGCAUUUAACACUAAGGUCUGCAGAGAGUGACCGCGUGGGUAACAUCACUGUGAUCGGCUGGCAGAUGGAGGAGAAGUCAGACCAGCGGCCCCCGGUGACCCGGUCUCUGGACACUGUCAAUGGGAAGAUGGUCCUGCCUGUUGAUGAGAGCCUGACCGAGGCAUUGGGAAUUCGAUCCAAAUAUGCUUCGUUGCGAAAAGACACUUUACUGAAGUCAGUGUUUGGAGGUGCCAUCUGCCGCAUGUACCGCUUCCCAACCACCGAUGGCAACCACCUGCGGAUCCUGGAGCAGAUGGCAGAGAGCGUGCUUUCCUUGCAUAUACCCCGGCAGUUUGUGAAGCUCCUGCUAGAAGAAGAUGCGGCACGAGUGUGUGAGCUGGAGGAACUAGGGGAGCUGUCCCCUUGCUGGGAGAGCCUGCGGCGCCAGAUUGUCACCCAGUACCAGACCAUCAUCCUCACAUACCAGGAGAACCUGACCGACCUCCAUCAGUACAAAGGUCCUUCCUUUAAAGCAAGCAGUUUGAAAGCUGAUAAAAAGUUGGAAUUUGUUCCCACAAACUUACACAUACAAAGGAUGAGAGUUCAAGAUGAUGGAGGAUCAGAUCAGAACUACGACAUCGUCACCAUUGGAGCACCAGCAGCACACUGCCAAGGUUUUAAGUCAGGAGGUCUCCGCAAAAAGCUGCACAAAUUUGAAGAGACAAAGAAACACAGUUUUGAGGAGUGUUGCACAUCGUCUGGCUGUCAGUCCAUAAUCUACAUACCACAGGACAUUGUCAGAGCCAAGGAGAUCAUCGCCCAGAUCAAUACGCUGAAAACUCAAGUUAGUUAUUACGCGGAACGGCUCUCAAGGGCAGCUAAGGACAGGUCUGCCACUGGCCUUGAGAGGACACUUGCCAUCUUGGCAGACAAGACCCGACAGUUGGUUACAGUCUGCGACUGCAAGCUGCUGGCCAACUCCAUCCAUGGGCUGAAUGCAGCACGGCCUGACUACAUUGCCUCCAAGGCCUCCCCGACCUCGACUGAGGAGGAGCAGGUGAUGCUUAGGAAUGACCAGGACACCCUUAUGGCCAAGUGGGCAGGGAGAAACAGCCGCUCUUCCCUUCAGGUGGAUUGGCACGAGGAGGAGUGGGAGAAAGUAUGGCUGAAUGUGGACAAGAGCCUGGAGUGCAUCAUCCAGCGAGUGGACAAGCUGCUGCAGAAGGAACGCCUGCAUGGCGAGGGCUGUGAGGAUGUCUUGCCCUGCACAGGCAGCUCCACCAGCAAGAAAGGUAACCAGGACGGCCAUGCCUACUGGAUCAGACCGGAGGACCCCUUCUGCGAUGUCCCCUCGUCGCCAUGCCCCUCCUCCAUGCCUGCUGCAUGCCAUCCUCACUCAGCCACACAUUGCAGUCCCCCUCCUGAAGAGUCCAGCCCAGGUGAAUGGAGUGAGGCCCUCUACCCGCUGCUGACCACCCUCACAGACUGUGUGGCCAUGAUGAGCGACAAGGCCAAGAAGGCGAUGGUCUUCCUCCUCAUGCAGGACAGCGCUCCCACCAUAGCCACAUACCUGAGCCUGCAGUACCGCCGCGAUGUGGUCUUCUGCCAAACCCUGACUGCACUCAUCUGUGGCUUCAUCAUCAAGCUGAGGAACUGCCUACAUGAUGACGGCUUCCUGCGGCAGCUCUACACCAUCGGGCUGCUGGCCCAGUUUGAGAGCCUGCUGAGCACCUACGGUGAGGAGCUGGCGAUGUUGGAGGACAUGAGCCUUGGAAUCAUGGACCUGAGAAACGUGACCUUUAAAGUCACACAGGCCACUUCGCAUGCACCCACUGACAUGCUGCCUGUCAUCACAGGAAACCGCGAUGGGUUCAACGUGCGGAUCCCGCUGCCAGGCCCACUGUUUGAUGCACUGCCCCGGGAGAUCCAGAGCGGCAUGCUCCUGCGGGUGCAACCUGUCCUCUUCAACGUGGGCAUCAACGAGCAGCAGACGCUGGCCGAGAGGUUUGGGGACACCUCUUUACAAGAAGUGAUCAAUGUGGAGAGCUUGGUGCGGUUAAAUUCCUACUUUGAGCAGUUCAAGGAAGUUUUGCCUGAGGACUGUCUACCUCGGUCUCGGAGUCAGACCUGCCUGCCAGAGCUGCUGCGGUUCCUAGGUCAGAAUGUGCACGCCCGGAAGAACAAGAACGUGGACAUCCUGUGGCAAGCUGCUGAGAUCUGCCGCCGCCUUAAUGGGGUCCGGUUCACCAGCUGCAAGAGUGCCAAGGACCGCACGGCCAUGUCGGUGACACUGGAGCAGUGCCUGAUCCUGCAGCACGAGCACGGCAUGGCCCCACAGGUCUUCACACAGGCCCUGGAGUGCAUGCGCAGUGAGGGUUGUCGAAGAGAAAAUACAAUGAAGAAUGUUGGAAGUCGCAAAUAUGCGUUUAAUUCCCUGCAGCUGAAGGCUUUCCCCAAGCAUUACAGACCUCCCGAAGGGACUUACGGCAAGGUUGAGACUUGAACACACGCUGUCCUCUCAUUAGCGGUUCCAUAACACACGUGGGUACCCUCUAGGGUCAGACACGAAUUCUUCAAGAAGACCCGAAGGAUCGGUUUCUAUUUUUGUGUGUGUGUGUGUUUUUGUUUUUUUUUUUUUCUUUCUUUUUUAAAUCUUUCACCGAAGAGUUUCUGGCGCAUGUCUGUUUUCCUUUUUCAUUGGCAUCAAUUGGAGGUCAUGUGUGGCUCAGUAGCAUGGCCAGAGACAACUACUCAUUGAAGUAGCCUUCAGUGGUAGCCCCAGGUGUGAAGUGAGCUGCCGAGCCAGGCUAGCGGUGUCUGAAAUGCUACAAGACUGUUUCAGAUGUCUCCCUAGGAACUGCUCACCCACCUCAUUUUUCUACUUGAGUCACCCAGAAGUGAGCAUCAAGUUGCAAUCUGCUUUUUACAAACCCGAAUGUAAAACAGCCCAUACUCUUGUAAGGGAUUGCAGACCAUUCAGUGGCAGCCACUGGUGUGUAGGGGGAGGUGGAGAGUAAGUGACCAUGGUGACCUGCUCUGUCCACACUCUGAGAAGUGGGAAGUGGAAGGGAAGGUGGAGGAGCGAGUUGAGGUGAGAUUUGAUUAGAAGGAACCCGGCCAGUGACCAGGCCUCUUUCCGUCCUUAGGAGCUACAUAGCAGAGUGUCUCCUUGUGACAGAGUGGCAGCCUGGGCACAGGCAGCUCGCUCCUCCAAGCUCCAGGGCUGUGUCCCACCCCAUCCCCAGGACACGCGUUCCCUUCUGUAGACGUUGAGUUACGUCACUCAAGGCACCUCAGAUGUGGCCUAUGUAAUGUCUGAGGGACGCCACUCUAGUGGCGAAUUCCUAACUGUAGAGCUGCUGGGAACUUUGGUAUACCCAGAGUGUUCUUUUGCAGGAUCUCCAGUAUAUAUUCAUCUAAAACACAGUACAAUCAUGUCUGGAUGUCUGAUGGAAGUAUCUUCUUUUUAGGUUUGCAAAAUUGUGAUUUGUUGCUUUGUUCUGUAAGACAACUGUUGAGAAACAUUUAAAAUGAUCUCAGAUGAGCUUGUUGAAGGGAUUUCUCUAGGUCAUAAAACUGAGGAAAUUUGUGGGAAAUCAUGUCUGGUCACCUUUCCUGAGAUGCUGAUGAGUCUCCUGUGCACCUAGCAGAGCCCGAUUCUGUUUGUCAUGAUGACGUUUACAUGUUCUUCAUGAGGCUGUGAAAGCAGCAGAUGGUGGCCUACAUCCACGUGGCUCACCCCAGUGAUGUUUAUAAACCUGUUGGCAGUUCUUGCAGCUGAAAAAUCCAGAUACUUUGAGCUCCUUCAUAAACGUGCAAAGAACUUGAGCGUGGGAUACUGGGAUGCAGGCAGGACUGCUCCCGAGCUGGAGCACAGAAGGGCUGGCCAUCACAUGCCAUGGGGAUGGGUGAUCUUCCUCCUGUUCAGAGCCUGUCUCCAGCUGCCCACAGGGGAGCACACAACAACAGCUGGGGAGGGGCUUUCACAAGGCUGCCCUCAGAGUGGGAUGCACUGUGUAGGGGCCCGUCUGCCUGCUGCACAGGCGGCUGCAACUGGCGCCAACACUGCCUGCUCUUAGGGGAGGCCAGCUUGCUUCCGGUGUGGCCCAGUUAGCCUUUCUCGUCACACAGUUUCAUGGGAUUUGUACGUUUUUGUGGCAUCUUUUCUUAUUCUACCAUCCCUACCAUUUUUAAAAGAUUUCUCUUAAAAUGUUAUCCAUAUUUGUUUCCAGAUAUUUUUUUUCAUUUAUUUGAAUUACAUUAAAUAUUUGCAGCCUAUGAAAGGGAGUAGAACGGAUGUUGGGGUACCUCCCCAGCCGUUGGGCGUGUGCUACCUUUGGGCAGGCUAUUUCCCCCCUUUGGCUCUCAGUCGUGGAUCACGGUAGGAUGCCAAGGCUUGGCUUCCAGUGUUCUCUCUGAAGGCACCUGUUGGCUUGGCAUUCCCAGGCCAGCGGCCAAGGGCACAGCCAGUGGCUCAGGCUCCUCCUCCAUGAGGGAGCCAGAGCUGGCAGCUGCAGAGGGAUGCAGUUUUCUAGUCCUGUAAAACCCAGUUUCCAUCCCUCGCAUCCCUGCAGCACGGUGUAAAAAAACGUGGCGGGCAGUGGGGGCCACGGCACAGCUACCUUCGGUCUCUAAAGAUGUAAAUGUGCUGUGUCGUCUGACUCAGUGCAGACACGACUAUCUGCCAGGCUUAGUGCAUACAAAUACCUUUAUUUAUUUGUUCUGGGCAGUAUUAAUAUAUAAAUAUAUAUAUACAAUCACAUAGCUACUGUUUUAUAUAUUCUUAGCUCAUUCAAAGCCAUGUAUGCUGUAAAUGUGCUAGUCUCUAGAAUGACAAAUAAUAAAAUAACUGACAACAACCCUGA